AGCGACGGCGGCGGCCGCGGCGGCUGAGUCGGUGGUGGCGGCAGUGGUGGCGGCUGCGGGCUGAGCGGCGAGUUUCCGAUUUAAAGCUGAGCUGCGAGGAAAAUGGCGGCGGGCGGAUCAAAAUACUUGCUGAACAGUGGAGUCACAGACCAAUAAAAAUAAGCUCCGACUUGAACGUCAUUUGACUGGUUAGCCAGUUGCUGAUGUAUAGUCACGAUGAGCGGAUUAGGAGAAAACUCCUUGGAUCCACUGGCCCCUGAUUCACGAAAACGCAAAUUGCCAUGUGAUACUCCAGGACAAGGUUUUACCUGCAGUGGUGAAAAGUGGAGACGGGAGCAGGAGAGUAAAUAUAUUGAAGAAUUGGCUGAACUGAUAUCUGCUAAUCUUAGUGAUAUUGACAAUUUCAAUGUCAAACCAGAUAAAUGUGCAAUUUUAAAGGAAACAGUAAGACAGAUACGUCAAAUAAAAGAGCAAGGAAAAGCUAUUUCUAAUGAUGAUGAUGUUCAGAAAGCUGAUGUGUCCUCUACAGGACAGGGAGUUAUUGAUAAAGACUCCUUAGGGCCACUUUUACUUCAGGCAUUGGAUGGUUUCCUGUUUGUGGUGAAUCGUGAUGGAAACAUUGUAUUUGUGUCAGAAAAUGUCACACAGUAUCUGCAAUAUAAGCAAGAGGACCUGGUUAACACAAGUGUCUACAAUAUCUUGCAUGAAGAAGACAGAAAGGAUUUCCUUAAAAACUUACCGAAAUCUACAGUUAAUGGAGUUUCCUGGACAAAUGAGACCCAGAGACAAAAAAGCCAUACAUUUAAUUGCCGUAUGCUGAUGAAAACACCGCAUGAUAUUCUGGAAGACAUAAACACUGGUCCUGAAAUGCGCCAGAGAUACGAAACAAUGCAGUGCUUUGCCCUGUCUCAGCCUCGAGCCAUGAUGGAGGAAGGGGAAGAUUUGCAAUCCUGUAUGAUCUGUGUAGCACGCCGCAUUACUACAGGAGAAAGAGCAUUUCCCUCAAACCCUGAGAGCUUUAUUACUAGACAUGAUCUUUCAGGAAAAGUUGUCAAUAUAGAUACAAAUUCACUGAGAUCCUCCAUGAGACCCGGCUUUGAAGAUAUAAUCCGAAGGUGUAUCCAGAGAUUUUUUAGUCUUAAUGAUGGUCAGUCAUGGUCCCAGAAACGUCACUAUCAAGAAGCUUAUAUCCAUGGCCAUGCAGAAACCCCAGUGUAUCGAUUCUCAUUGGCUGAUGGAACCAUAGUGACAGCACAAACCAAAAGCAAACUCUUCCGAAAUCCUGUCACAAAUGAUCGGCAUGGCUUUGUCUCAACCCACUUUCUUCAGAGGGAACAGAAUGGGUAUAGAGCAAACACGAAUCCUGUUGGACCAGGCAUUAGACCUCCAGCAGCCGGAUGUAACAGUUCGGUAGGCGGCAUGAGUAUGUCGCCAAACCAAGGUUUACAGAUGCUGAGCAACAGGACCUAUGGCUUGGCUGACCCCAGCACCACAGGGCAGAUGAGUGGGGCUAGGUACGGGGCCUCCAAUCCCAUAGCUUCAAUGAACCCUGGGCCAGGCAUGCAGUCACCAUCUUCCUACCAGAACAGCAACUAUGGUCUCAACAUGAGUAGCCCCCCACAUGGGAGCCCUGGCCUUGGCUCCAACCAGCAGAACAUCAUGAUUUCUCCUCGUAACCGUGGGAGUCCAAAGAUGGCCUCACAUCAGUUUUCUCCUGUUGCAGGUGUGCACUCUCCCAUGGGAUCUUCUGGUAAUACUGGGAGCCACAGCUUUUCUAGCAGCUCUCUGAGUGCACUUCAAGCUAUCAGUGAGGGUGUGGGGACUUCUCUUUUAUCCACUCUGUCUUCACCAGGCCCCAAAUUGGAUAACUCUCCCAAUAUGAGUAUGAGCCAGCCAAAUAAAGUGAACAGUCAGGAUUCCAAGAGUCCCUUGGGCUUGUAUUGUGACCAGAAUCCAGUGGAGAGUUCAAUGUGUCAGUCAAAUAGCAGGGAUCACCUCAGUGACAAAGAAAGUAAGGAGAGCACUGUUGAAGGGUCAGAGAAUCAGAGGGGUCCUCUAGAAAGCAAGGGUCAUAAAAAAUUACUGCAGUUACUUACCUGUUCUUCUGAUGACCGGGGCCAUUCCUCCUUGACCAACUCCCCCCUGGAUUCAAGUUGUAAAGACUCUUCCAUUAGCGUCACCAGCCCCUCUGGGGUCUCUUCUUCCACCUCUGGAGGAGUGUCCUCCACAUCGAAUAUGCAUGGGUCACUGCUGCAGGAGAAGCACCGGAUUCUGCACAAGUUGCUGCAGAAUGGGAAUUCACCUGCAGAAGUAGCCAAGAUUACUGCAGAAGCCACUGGGAAAGACACCAGUAGUACGGCAUCUUGUGUGGAAGGAAAUGUCAAGCAGGAGCAACUAAGUCCUAAGAAGAAGGAAAAUAAUGCACUUCUUAGAUAUCUGCUAGACAGGGAUGAUCCUAGUGAUACACUCUCUAAAGAACUGCAGCCCAAAGUGGAAGGAGUGGACAGUAAAAUGAGUCAGUGCAGCAGCUCCACCAUUCCUAACUCAAGUCAAGAGAAGGACUCUAAAAUUAAGACAGAAACAAAUGAAGAGGGAUCUGGAGACUUGGAUAAUCUAGAUGCUAUUCUUGGUGAUCUGACUAGUUCUGACUUCUACAAUAAUUCCAUAUCCACAAAUGGUAGUAAUCUGGGAACCAAGCAACAAAUGUUUCAAGCAACUCAUUCUCUGGGUCUGAGGAGUCCACAGUCUGUGCAGGCCAUUCGUCCCCCAUAUAACCGAGCAGUGUCUCUAGAUAGCCCUGUUUCUGUUGGCUCAAGUCCUCCAGUAAAGAAUAUCAGUGCUUUCCCCAUGUUACCAAAGCAGCCCAUGUUGGGUGGGAAUCCAAGAAUGAUGGAUAGUCAGGAAAAUUACGGCUCAACUAUGGGUGGACCAAACAGAAAUGUGACUGUGAAUCAGACUCCUUCCUCAGGAGACUGGGGCUUACCAAACUCAAAGGCCAGUAGAAUGGAAACUAUGAGUGCCAACUCCAUGGGAAGACCAGGAGCAGAUUAUAAUGCUUCUCUUCCCAGACCUGCAGUGGGCGGCUCGAUGCCCACCUUGCCUCUGCGGGCCGGUAGCAUCCCAGGGGCGAGACCAGUGUUGCAGCAGCAGCAGCAGAUGCUUCAAAUGCGGCCUGGUGAGAUUCCCAUGGGAAUGGGAGUCAGUCCGUAUGGCCAGGCAGCACCGUCUAACCAACCGGGUUCCUGGCCAGAUGGCAUGUUGUCCAUGGAACAGGGCCCUCAUGGGACUCAAAAUAGGCCACUUCUUAGGAAUUCCCUGGAUGAUCUCCUUGGGCCACCUUCUAACCUAGAAGGGCAGAGUGAUGAAAGAGCAUUGUUGGACCAGCUGCACACUCUCUUGAGCAACACAGAUGCCACAGGCUUGGAAGAAAUUGACAGAGCUCUGGGCAUCCCUGAACUUGUAAAUCAAGGACAAACUUUGGAGUCCAAACAGGAUGCUUUCCAGGGCCAAGAAGCGGCAGUAAUGAUGGAUCAGAAAGCAGCAUUAUAUGGGCAGACGUACCCGGCACAGGGGCCUCCAGUGCAGGGAGGCUUUAAUCUUCAGGGACAAUCACCAUCUUUUAACUCAAUGAUGAAUCAGAUGAACCAGCAAGGCAAUUUUCCUCUCCAAGGAAUGCACCCAAGGGCCAACAUCAUGAGACCCCGGACAAACACCCCCAAGCAGCUCCGGAUGCAGCUUCAGCAGAGGCUGCAGGGCCAGCAGUUUUUGAAUCAGAGCCGUCAGGCACUGGAGAUGAAAAUGGACAGCCCCACUGCUGGGAGUGCUGCCGUGGUGAGGCCCAUGAUGCAGCCCCAGGUCACCUCCCAGCAGGGUUUUCUGAACGCCCAGAUGGUGGCUCAGCGCAGCAGGGAGCUGCUGAGUCAUCACUUCCGACAGCAGCGGGUGGCCGUGAUGCAGCCGCAGCCGCCGCAGCCGCCCGCGUUCAGCCCGCCCCCGAACGUGACCGCCUCCCCCAGCAUGGAUGGGGUUCUGGCAGGGCCCGUGAUGCCGCAGGCUUCUCCCCAGCAGUUUCCAUAUCCACCAAAUUAUGGAAUGGGACAGCAACCAGAUCCGGCCUUUGGUCGCGUGUCUAGUCCUCCCAAUGCAAUGAUACCCUCAAGAAUGGGUCCCUCCCAGAAUCCCAUGAUGCAGCACCCUCAGACCACACCCAUGUAUCAGUCCUCGGAAAUAAAGGGCUGGCCGUCAGGAAACCUGGCCAGGAACAGCUCCUUUCCCCAGCAGCAGUUCGCCCACCAGGGGAGCCCUGCAGCAUACAGUAUGGUGCACAUGAAUGGCAGCAGUGGUCCCAUGGGACAGAUGAACAUGAACUCCAUGCCCAUGGCUGGCAUGCCUAUGGGUCCUGAUCAGAAAUACUGCUGACACCUCUACAUCAGGACCUCCAAGGAAAUCACUGUACAAAUGACCCUGCACUGGGAUUAUCGGGAGUAAAGAAUCAUCGUCCUGCACACCCAGCUCUGACGAAAGAACCAGCUUUGAUCUCCGGGAAGGGUAUUCCGAGUGAUGUCAUUUGAGCAGGACUGGGUUUGAAGUGGACAUGCGAUGUCUACCUGUAUUAUUCCUCCUCCUGUGUAUCAUGGAGUUCAAAACAUAUUUUUGGCAUUCUGCCUCUUAGGGAUGGGAUUCUGGAGGUACGGAGUGUUACUGAUCCCUUCUUUCUGCCUGGCUGUCAAGAGUGUUUCAGAUAAAUGUGGGCGGGCUAGAGAACCUCAGAGAAGCCCAGAGAGGCGAGGAGGUCUGGUUUCUCUAGUGGCAGUACUGGGUGGAGAGCACAGUCGCGGCCUUCACGUGUCCUUGUCACGACCAGAUAGUUCUGUGUUCUCACCCGACUCUGUCCCGAGAAGUUGGCCUUUCUGAAUUCUUCUAAUGAUUGUGUUGAGCUGCUCCAGCCCUGUUCUUGACUGUCCUGGACUUUUUGCUGAGUAGGAACUUCCUCUGUCCCUAACUGUCAUGUAAUACUUCACCUCCAGGAGCUGUCCUUGAUGUCACAUGGCUCUGCGGAAGGGACAGUGAGAUGACAGUAUUUAGUUGCAGCAGUAGCAAUUUUUCACAUGCUAACGUGCAGCCGAGUGCACUUUAUUUAAAAAGUAAUGGAUAAAUGCAAUAUUCUUGAGGUCUUGAGGAAUGGUGAACCACAUUCCCGGUUUUUGUCUGAACUAAUCCGUUGGACAAGAGCGAUGGUUUUUGUUGUUGUUGAAAGUACUGGUGUCACCCUUUGCCUAUAUGGUAGAGCAAUAAUGCUUUUUGAAAAUAAACUGCAGAAAACCCAAGGCCAGGUACUGCAUUCUGAAUCAGAAUUUCGCAGUGUUUCUGUGAAUAGAUUUUCUUUUGUAAAUACGACCUUUAAGAUAUUGUA